AGUUGACGUGUGCUUUAACAUUCAGUAGAUGACGAACUUACCACACCGGCAAAUGUAUCGCAAUCAUCUCAUGAUUCGAAGGCGUACGGUUGUAAAGGAUGGCGGGCGAAAUGUCAAUUCUUGGUUCUGCGGUCUUGGCCCUCCUCUUGGCGGGUUACCUGGGACAACAGUACCUUCCGCCUCCCAAGCCCACCGUCGUCGGUUUGGACCUGGGGACCACGUUUUGCUCGGUGGGGGUGUUCCACCCCGGUGUGGGAGACGUCGAGGUGAUAGGUGACGAGAAGGGUCGGAAAAGCAUUCCGAGUGUGGUGUCCUUCACGUCCACUGAAGUCCACGCUGGCUAUGAUGCCCUGGAGCUCGCGGACAGUAACCCCCAUAACACGAUUUACGAUGCCAAGCGGUUCAUCGGGAAAAUAUUUGAUAAACCGGAGGACAUGGAGCGAGAGAGUGCCCGAUAUCCAUUCAAGGUGGUCUACAGCAACGGGAGCGUGGAGUUCCUGGUGUCGACGAACCACUCCUUCAGCGUGAGCCCGGAGUUCAUCGGCUCGCGGCUCCUGCUGAAGAUGAGGAAGAUGGCGGAGAGGCGUCUGGGCGUGGCCGUGCAGAAGGCAGUGAUCUCCGUGCCUGCUGAGUUUGACGAGCGGCAGAGGAACUACACCAUCAGGGCCGCUAACCUGGCUGGUUUGGACAUCUUGCGUGUGAUUAAUGAGCCCACUGCUGCCGCGAUGGCUUAUGGGCUGCACAAAGCGGACGUGUCCAAUGUGCUGGUGGUGGACCUGGGAGGGGGCACCUUGGACGUGUCGUUGCUGAACAAGCAGGGGGCCAUGUUCUUCACCAGGGCCAUGGCAGGGAACAAUAAACUGGGGGGACAGGACUUCAGCCAGAGGCUGCUGCAGUACGUGAUGGAGAGGGUCCGGCAGCGCUUCGGGGUCCCGCCCACCCGUAAGGAGGACCUGCACCACCUGCGGCAGGCCGUGGAGGCAGCCAAGCUCAACCUCACCCUGUGGCCCCGCGUCCUCCUGGAGGUGCCCCUGCACCUGGAGUCCGGGGGCCCCGGGGGCCGGGCCCCGCAGGCCGUGCUGCUGCAGGAGCCCGUCACCAGGGAGCUGUUCGAGGAGCUCAACGCCGACCUCUUCCAGAAGAUCCUGGCGCCGGUGCGCAGGGUCCUGGCGGAGGGCCAGCUGCAGACGGAGGAGGUGGACGAGGUGGUGCUGGUGGGCGGCUCCACCCGCAUCCCCCGCAUCCGCCACCUCAUCGCCCGCUUCUUCGGGAAGGAGCCCAACACCGCCGUGGACCCCGACCUGGCCGUGGUGACGGGCGUGGCCCUCCAGGCGGGCAUCAUGGGAGGGGCGUGGCCUCUGCAGGUCAGCGCCCUCGAAAUCCCCAACAGGCACCUGCGCAAGACCAACUUCCACUGACGGGAGGGCCGGGGACACAGGCAGGGCCCGGGGACACUGGAGCGCUUUUCCCUCCGUUUCUUUUAGUAGCGUCCAUCUUGUUAGGGGGACUCUGCUCAUGUGCCACCGCUGUGUCUGAAGGCAGCUUCAUCGCGGAGAGGUGCAGGGCAGGAUGGGACAGCGGGUCCUCCGGGGAUCCUCUCCUCCCGCAGUGAGAGGGGAUCCAGAUGUAUGUUGGGUGUCAGACCUGACGUGAGGCCGGUACGCUUACUGGAGGUAUGUACAUUUAGUAAGUUUGCGCACCCGCAGAAGUUUGCACACCCACAGAUUCAUAUUUUUAUAAGAAACUCAAAAGUUGGGAGGACACAUAAAACAAAAAUUUAAUGAAUUAAAUUUCCUGAAGUGGAGCAGGCAGGUAUUGCACAUAAAAAUAGGCCCUGCCUUACGUCCUGUAUUUAAAUGUCCAUUCCAGGCGUCUGAAUCGGCACACAGUCUCUGUUCGGUGAGAAACCGAUAAGAGGUGAAGGACCAUGAGUUUAAAACGUGAACAGCUGCUUCGGUAAAUGACCUGACUCUUGAACACAGGUCAAAAUGACCUGCGUCAUAGCGAGGCUCACAACACGAAAAUAAUGAAACAAAAAGCAUGUUUUCCACAGAACUGCGCUUAAACAAAUCCGCUAUUUAUUUAUUUAUUUAUUUUUAGGUCAGUGUGUCCGUAUGUUUGUUAGUUUGUUGCCUUUUGUUUUUGAUAUGAAGACGGCUGGUGCCUUCGGAGAAAGCAGCUGGACUGGAAUCCUGCACUCUAAUAACAGGGCUUCAUACGACACACCGGGUACUGCGACCGAGGGCUGAAGCCAACGCACUCGACAAGCGCCAAAGGCUAAAUAACUGAUUUAAAAAGGCAGUCGUAUGCAGUUAAAUACAACUAGGCCAGCCAAGAUUUAGAAGCCCCCCCUCAUACACACUGUCACCCUUUCUGACUGAUACGCACACACACCAAGUGCACACAUUUUGUGCCACUCGUUAUUCCUUCGUUUUUUCCGUCAUUGUAAGUGAAGGUAAAUGAAGUCUGACUCUAGCAGGCUUCGUCACAUACAGGUGAGUGGCCUUCCUGCCGUUGGGACCACUCCAAUACAAGGACACGUGUAUAAAAGUCCAGGGGGGCACAUCUCAGAGUAGGAUUACGGAGUAAAACCCGGAACACUUCCAUGGACUGAAGUAAAAAUGGCUGUUCCAGGUUUUGUUAGGUGAGCCUAAUCCAGCUAACUCGGUAAUCCUGCUUUGUAAUGGGCCAGGGACACUGCAUCUUUCAUUCCUACUGAAAAUAAAAACUGUAGACCAAAGUGUUACAAGUAUCGUGCCAUUACUAUGUAUUCAUUUUGAAAUUUAUAUGGAAUUAAAGGGAAAGAUAAGAUAACUGCAUAAAAUAAAGUCAAAGGUGUUUUGCUAUAAAAUAUUGAAAUACAGAAACAAAGAUGCUUUCAAACUGGUUAAAAUGUAGAUUUAAAAGUAAUUGGGUGGAACAAGUAAGCUUUUGAAGGGAUUUAAAUUUUCUGUACUCCCUUAACAUAGCUACGCCAUGCAUUCCAUAAAGGUGAAUAUUUUAUUUCUGUCACUGUACACAACAUUUCUGAUGUAACGUGCCUACUACUUACAGGUCUUGGUGUUCUAUUUUUAAAAAUGAGAAGGUAAAGGUGCCUGUCCAGUUCAAAUAAAAAAAUGCAUAUUGUCUUA